GAAGCCCGCUAGCCCUAAAUUGCUCCCUCUCGUUCCCCCCUCUCGUUGGUCCCGAGCUCCAAGACCAUGCUCUUGGUCGCAGCAGAAGGAGGAAUAUCGCAAUCGCCACCACCACCACGAGGAAGCCGAAGAAGAAAAAGAAGAAGCAGAGGGAGAAGAAGACGGAGCGGAGGUGAAGAAGAAGAAGGAGGAGAAGAGCUUCAUACCUGGAGCUUGUGUGGAAGGGGCGUGCAUUCAGCAGCUGAGAAGGACUCGGGAUUGCGUGAAUUCCAUCACGACCAUGACGCGCUCUCUGUUUUCGUUUCGCGAACCUCACGAUGAAUUACAACCGAAGCCGUGUGUUGACCACCGGCGGAGCUCGUAGUGAUUGCGCACACGUUUUUGGGAACUGGUGUGUGGAGGAGAAGGAUGAAGGGAAUUUGUUGUGAUGAGAAUCUUGAGCCAGUCGAGUCGUGAGAGGCGCGGGGUUUCGUUCUAGGUUGUGAGUUGCCUGGCUUUGGGAGUGUUUUGUCCGACGCAGGGUUUGAAUUUAGGUUCCGUUGUGGAAUUUGGUGUAAUUAGAGUCAUGCAGCGUGGAAUCGCAGGGGUGAGGUGGUCGCUCUGGACGUGGUAGUUGUGACUUGUGGCACGGAGGUUUAAUGGCGGUUCCAGUUGCUAGUUGAUUCUGUAUCCGUUUGGUGCAAUCACUACGAGGGCUUGUUAUGGCUUGGCUUGGAAUGGUGGACGUUCCACAUGUAUCUUCUCAUGUUCCACCUUCGCCUGUGUUGAAGCCGGAAUUUCGCUCUCGUUGCAGCGCUGGGCAAGUGCCUGCCUCCUCCAAUGCUGCUUCUUUCCUCCAGAAUCUCCCCCGAGCUCUUCAUCUUACCAAUUCAGAGAGAAGCCGCUUCAGGGGUACAAAAACUCGAGACUCAGAGGUUACUGCAAGUUUGAAGUGCUGCACUUCGUGCCAGAAUAGGUGUGGGACUCUUGGCAACCGGUGCAUUGCUCGACGAGGUCGGAUCAAUUAUGACAGGGUUAUUCCUCGAGUUGAAGGUUUGGGAAGGGGAGAUCCAAGCAGCUGGCCUCUUUCAGGUCAAUGCUGCAUUUUGUCGAGUUUUUCCAAGCAACUCCCAAGCUCGAGAAGACAUUCGAAACCGAGAGUGAGGGGGAAUUUUGAAGUGAGGUGUGAGAGUGAUCAUGCUGCCGCAAACGGUUUCAUACGUGAUGCUAUCUUGUACGAUGAGGCUGGGGUAGCUCUCGGCGAAGGAGGAGUCGAUGGAGCUGGGGCAGAGAGUAUGUCUCAAAUCUCACUUGAAAAUUCUCUCUUGGGUAGUAAUGUCGAUGACGGCAACAGGAGGCCACAAAUCAACGAAGGCGAUGACGGUAGAAGCCCAGUGGCGGAAAACGACUCUCCAAUUGCAGCAUUAAAGGAUUCGUUAAGGAUUGCAAAGGAUCAAUUAGAAUUUGCUCGAGCUAGUAGUAAAACGCUCGAAGCAAAAGCUCAAGAGUGUGCUGAGAAGGCGCUGGCUUUGCAUGACCAAGCAACUUCUGCAAGGUUGGCUGCAGUUUCUACUUUGGCCUCCAUUCAAAGUGUUCUUGAGAGGGAAUUAAAAGCAGAGGAAAAUGUCGCAGCUGCUGGGGCUAGGGUUCUUGCCGCUCAAGAAAAGUUCACAAGAGCAGAGAAGGCUUUCCAAGUGGCUCGUUGGAAGCUCGAGCCGCCAGGUACCUCUCUUGACGACUUGUCUUUAGAGAUUCCAGAGGAGUAUUUGCAGCUGCAAGUAGAACCCACUAAUGAUGAAGUGAAUGAUCAAGCAAGUUCUGCUUCAUCGGAAGCUGAACUGCUCGAGAAUUCUAAGCUAGUUAGCUGUGAAGGUGAUGAGAAGAAACCGAGAGAGGGUAACAACAAAGGUAAAAGUGUGAGGGAGACUGACGCUCGCAAAGAAUAUCUAGCCAUGGAGUCUGCAAGGAUGGACUUUGUCGCUAGUGAAGCUGCCCUUGCCGAAUGUGAAGCAGAGCUUGCCCAAAUUCAGACAGUGAAGAUGGAGCUUCAAAAAGAAGCAUUGCGUAGAAGUGAGCUAUCCCAAGUGGCUGAAGAUGCUGCAGUAUUAGCAGAUGAAGAUGUGGCUUCUGCUAUGACUAGUGCAGAAGAAGCCGUUGCUUUGGAGAUGGAAGCCUUAAAACGUGUGAGUGAUGCUGAGAUCGUCCUUCGUAAGGUAGAGGCGUUUGCAGAAGAAGCUGCUAGGGCACUUACCAAGACCGAAGCGUCGGGAGAAGAAGUUUUUAAAACACAUCAGAACGCAGAAACGUCAGGCGAAGAGGCUUCGCAGACGCCUGAACUUGCAGCUGCUGGAACUGAACAGCUUGAUUUUCAAGUUGCUCAGGCAAACGAUGAAACGUCCGUUACAUCGGAAUCCUGGAUCAGUGUAGAAGAAGAGAAAAUAGCUCCAGAGAAAUCAGGAGAAGAGUUUGUGGAGGUGUCAGACCAGAUGGGAGAUACAGACGCAGGGACUGACUUCUUGAAGCGAGAGAAUGCAAUGGAGUCUUCCAUUGAAUCGGAAAAAUUGGACAAAGAACCUCAACCCGAUCAAAUGUUGGUCGAUGUGAAUCCCAAACAUGAGGAACCGAAAUCUUCACCAACUAAAAGAGCAGAGAGCACAACCAAUGAAUCCUCGGGGCCAAAGUCUUUAACAAAGAAAUCUUCCCGUUUUUUUCCAGCUUCCUAUUUUUCUUCUGGUGACGAAGCGGAGUUUUCUCCAUCGAUGGUCUUCUCUAAUUUCGCGGCUGCGUUGAAGGAACAGCUUGUGAAAGUAACGAUUGGGAUGGCUUUACUGAUUGCUGGGGGAUACUAUCUCAAUAAUCAAUUGGAAAAGCGAGCGCUGCUGAUGCAACCACCAGAAGUAACCAGCACCCAAGAACUCAAAACAACUACGAAGCCUCUAGUUUCUGAGAUUCGGAAAAUUUCUCGGCGAGUGAAGCAAGUGAUACUGAAACUGCCUCAUCAAGAGGUAAAUGAGGAUGAGGCUUCAUUGUUCGAUGUUCUGUGGCUGCUCCUAGCGAGUGUUGUAUUUGUACCUAUUUUCCAGAGACUUCCAGGAGGUAGUCCUGUGCUUGGUUACCUUGCUGCUGGGGUAUUAAUUGGACCAUAUGCUCUGUCGAUCAUCAAAAAUAUUCACGGCACAAGGAUGAUAGCCGAGUUUGGAGUUGUGUUCCUACUCUUCAAUAUAGGGCUUGAGCUGUCUGUGGAGAGAUUGACUUCAAUGAAGAAAUACGUCUUUGGUUUUGGAUCUAUCCAGGUGCUGGUUACAGCUUUGGUUAUUGGAGCUUUCGCACAUGUUGCUUGUGGUUUUUCAGGGCCAGCUGCAAUAGUCAUUGGCAAUGGUUUGGCUCUCUCAUCUACAGCAGUAGUGCUUCAGGUUUUGCAAGAACGAGGAGAGAACACAUCUCGACAUGGACGAGCUACUUUCUCCGUUCUACUUUUCCAGGACCUUGCGGUGGUGGUUCUUCUCAUCUUGAUUCCUCUCCUGUCACCGAACUCUUCUAAAGGAGGGGUGGGCAUCCAAGCUAUUGCUGAGGCUUUAGGAAUUGCAGCAGUAAAGGCUGUUGUGGCUAUCACUGGUAUUAUUGCUGGUGGGCGCCUGCUGCUGCGUCCCGUUUAUAAGCGUAUGGCAGAAAAUCACAAUGCAGAAAUAUUUGCCGCCAACACUCUUUUGGUGGUGCUGGGCACAAGUGUCAUGACAGCUCGGGCUGGGUUGUCUAUGGCUUUGGGGGCUUUCCUUGCGGGCUUACUCCUGGCAGAAACUGAAUUUGCAUUACAAGUGGAGUCGGACAUUGCGCCUUAUAGAGGCUUGUUAUUGGGUCUCUUCUUUAUGACGGUUGGAAUGUCUAUAGAUUCACAACUCUUUAUCAACAGAUUUCCAACAAUUUUAGGGUCACUUAUGCUGCUUAUAGGAGGCAAGACACUGUUGGUCACUGGUGUCGGACGAUUUUUCGGACUGUCAACUGUAGCAGCUGCAAGGGCUGGGUUGCUUCUUGCUCCAGGUGGUGAAUUUGCGUUUGUAGCAUUUGGAGAAGCUGUGAAUCAGGGUAUCAUGAGUAAUCAACUAUCUUCGUUGCUCUUUCUAGUCGUGGGUCUGUCCAUGGCCAUCACUCCAUGGUUAGCUGCUGGUGGACAGCUUCUUGCAUCCCGGUUUGAUCAACAAGAUGUUCGUAGUUUGUUGCCAGCUGAGAGUGAGACGGAUGAUCUGCAAGGUCACAUUCUCAUUUGCGGAUUCGGGCGGGUUGGUCAGAUUAUUGCUCAGCUGUUGUCCGAACGGUUAAUUCCUUUUGUAGCUCUAGAUGUGCGAAGUGAACGAGUUAGUGUUGGGCGUGCACUCGAUCUACCCGUGUACUUCGGUGAUGCCGGCAGUAAAGAGGUCUUACACAAAGUCGGUGCAGAAAGAGCUGCAGCCGCAGUCCUUACGUUAGAUACUCCAGGAGCGAAUUAUCGAACUGUAUUUGCAUUGACCAAGAACUUUCCACAUGUGAAAACUUUCGUACGUGCCCAUGAUGUAGAGCACGGACUCAAUCUUGAGAAGGCUGGUGCUACAGCGGUUGUUCCUGAAACCUUGGAGCCCAGCUUACAACUUGCAGCUGCUGUUCUUUCACAGGUGAAGUUGCCAGCCGCAGAAAUCGCUGCAGCCAUCGACGAAUUCCGGUCCAACCACUUGUCAGAACUUAGUGAGCUGUCAGAGACUAGGGGAACCUCCCUAGGGUAUGGGUUUUCUCGAAUCAUGAUGAAAAGUAAGAUUCAGCCACCUGAAGUACAAACCAGACUUGGGAUAGACGAUGGAGUAAGCGACUGGAGACCUGAGGGUAGUGUUUUGCCAUGAGAAAAUUUCGACAGGUCUAGACCUCGACCAUUACCUUAGAAUCAUGAUUACAAUUUUUUUUACAUCAGGCCUAAGAAUGUACCAUUAGACAGGAGCUCAAUUUUCGAGUUAAAUCUCACCCUUCCAAUUAUUUCAAAGUAAUUCAACAGAUGAUAUGACUAGGAAUAUUCUGCCACGAUCUGUGCACCAUAAGAAAUGCAACGGUGAUGUCUACAGCCAUAUAACAUGAGUCAAUAUCUCCUCAAA